AUGUUAAAUUUUAAUGAAAUCUCUGGUCUGUGUGGUAUGGACAAAGAGAACGGAGAGGGUGAUGCGGCAGCCAAGCCACCGCCCGACGGUCUGCUCGACCCCUCUGGGCUCUUUGGAGCGUACUGGGGCAGAGAUGGUUCUGCCGGCGGUGCCGCGGCCGCACAAGCGCAGGCGCAGGCACAAGCGGCCCUCUUUGGCUUCGGCUCCAGAUACCCCCCGCCAACCACGCUGGGGGUCGCCGCCAAUCAAGCGGCGUCCCUUGGACUACAUCCUGCUGCGAGUGCAGCAUGGUGGUCCAUGGCGUCGCAUCUCGCGGCCCAAGACUACCUCGCGAGGUUACAGGCUUCGGGGCUGAACUUCCCACCCCUGGGGGACCCCUACGCUGCUCUGUCCGCUUUGUCGGGGGCUAGCAUGAAGCAACCACAAAAGCCCGUGAAACAGUCGAAUAGGAGCGAGAGAUCAGGUCGAAGUAGCACAUCGUCGAGUGUGUCGGCGAAGGAAAAGAGCCCUUCCACGAGCACGUCUAGUUCACAACCCAAUAUGGCGGAUUGGGGAUCACAAUACGGCUUUCCCAAAACUUCGUCGCCCUCCACGAUGCCCUCGCAGAUGUCGAGUCUGGCCUCCCUCAACAACUUGGCACAACAGCCGCUGCACUCUAAACCUGGCAAACCACAGCAACCACCUAGAAAAAACAGUUCCAGUAGCAAAGAGAAAGAGAGGGAGUUGAUGCUCGCUCACGCACACUCCGCCUACCACGCAGCGUUACAAGCACAUAAGGGGAAGAACAUGUCUUCAUUAUACCCGUUUGCAGUCGGCUCGGAGAAGGACCGACGGAGCGGGAUCGACUCGCUCACCGGAUUGCCUCAUACUAUACUUAGUGACCCUUCGUCAGUACUGGGAGGAGUGAGGUUGCCUCCUGACACAGAGAUUAUCAAAUAUACGUCCUCAUUAGCUGGACCUAAGGCGGCGCCGGGCUCCACUACGCGCGGUCGCAAGAAGACCAUCUCGCUGGACCCGCCGCACGUGUCCGUGCACCCUGCCACGCACUCCGCCACACACUCCGCUGCGCCGUUGCCCAAGCGCCAGAAAGUGGAUGAGUUCGGCAACUCGCGUUCGUCGGUGGAAGUGAUCCGUCUGCCCAACAAACCCGACAGAACCACCAAUUCCGUCUCCGGCACGCCUCCACCCAACUUGUCUGAUUACGCAGGUAUAUCCCGAGAGCUAUUGCAAACUAUAGCCAGUCAAAGUGGAGUGAGUUUAGCGGCUUUGGAAAGGCAGCUAGCUGGCUCCGGAGCUACAAGCGCAGAUUCAGGUCUAAACCUAAGCACUAAGUCUGGCAGCCCCGAAGAGACUCCGCUCGACCUAGGUCUCAAAACUGAAGACGAUGCGCCGCUAAAUCUAUCACUUAAGCCUGCGCCGCCGAGCUCGCAAGCAUCGGACGCACUCUCACGUCUGACGUCACUGAGCAGUUCGCUCAGCGUUUCUAAUGAUAGAAUAUCACGGCGCAAGCCCGGCGCGAAGCCGCGGCGAGUGGCGCCCGAGCUCAACUCUCAAGUGGCGGACUCGCCGCGACCCAAGUCUAGUGGCAGUGAAGAUAGUGAAUCGGUAUCAACGUGGCCCGCGCGCGAGGGCCGCCCGCGCAACCUGGGCAGGGGAGUGUCCAAGCCCAAGAAGAACACGGUGGCCUCGCUGCUCGCGCAGAGCCGUGCGCUCGGCCUCAGGCCCGCGCUCGCACACCACCUGCUCGCCGAGACUGAUCUGGAUAAACUACGUGCCCUCCUCGGUGAGACGGCCAGCACGGACUCCGAGUGCCCCUCCGACAGCAACCCCUCGGACUCGGACGCCAGCGACGGCGGGCGCAGGCACAACGACUCGCAGCUACGACUGCCGCUCGCUUUGGGUUGGAAACGUGUGACGCUAAUCAAAGGACUGUCCCGCAACUGCAACAUAAAGGGCGAAGUGAGCUACUCGCCGCCGGAGCCUCACGCCGCCGUACAAAUUAAAUCUGCGCAGGAGUUGCAAGCGUUCCUAGAUACGAACCCGAGUCCAGUGCUCUCGCGCGACAACUUCAGCUUCAGCGCGCGCACUCUACUGGGCGAGUAUGUGCAGCCCGCGCCCGACCACAGCGACCCGCUCGUGCUCAACGAGGCAGAGAUUGUGAAGAGAUUAGAGGAAGCUCGAUCGCUGGCAGCUCUAUCGGGGCGCCCUACACCGCCGCCGCUCGAGCGCCGCAUGGAGCUGGCGCGCCGGCAGCAGGCCGCGCGUGACGCCCGCCGCGACCAUCGCCCGCGUGACCAGGCCCGUCUCGUGAGAGAGAUAGAGAGAUCGGAAAAGGCGGAAUUUGUUAAACGCGAGAAAGAGGUGCGAAGUCAACAGUUGUUAGAGCAAAUCAACAAGAGCAGAUCGCAGCUCACCAUAGAACCUUUGCCGACGCCUAAGAGCGAUGAGUGGAAAAUUCCAGAAAUUAUCAUGGGGCCGGCGGUUAAGAGUAACAAAGACAGAACUAUGCCGCAAAUAAGCCUCUCUCUCAUACCUGUCAGCGGUCUAAAAGAGAACACUCCAAUAAAAACGGUCAAUUUAGAUCAACAUUGGAAAGGCGAGGAAGAAUACAACGCCUUAGAUAAAAUGAAAGACUUUGCCGAAAAAGCUGCUUUCGAUCUCCCAAAACGACCUAACGACAGAUAUUUCGACUUCUCCCUAACGAAAACGCCAGAUAAGAGAAAAGCUCCGGAUAAAGAAAACAAUUUGGAAAAACUAAUAGAGUCAUACUCUCGCAUAUCAGAGUUCAUAAACGGCUGUGAUUGGUCCAAAUUGCAAAGCGAUAGAAAAGUAGACGACCCAAAGAGCAUAGAACAAAAAUAUUUAGAUGCGAAAAAUGAAUUUAUGUCGCAAAAUCUCAUGUUAAUGCCUAAAGACAACCAAAAAUCCGUAUUAAAAGACGUCAUAGAUCUAAGCGGUGACGAUGAUAAUAUACUCACAGAUAUAAUAACGAAAAAAGUCAGCAAAGGCACUUUUAAUGUGGGCAAAGAUGGAGCUUUAUCGAUAUCGGUACAGCCUUUCAAGGACGUGUACAGUCCGGCUAAGAAGAGAAAGCAGGAGGAGUUAGAGAAGCAGAAGAUAGAAGAUCAGGCAAAGAAGCAGCAGGAAAGGGAGAUAAAACGACAACAGGCCAUGCUUUUAAAAGAACAGCAAAAAUAUAUAACGGAGGAGCGUGAAAGGCGACGUCAGCACACUACAUUCAUCCGUCAACUGGACUCGCGUAGGCGAUGGGAAGAGAGAGAAAGAAGAAAGCACCAGAACCUUCUAGAUCGAUUGCUUGUGAAAGAGAAGAAGCUGCAACAGAGACGGAAGGAGAUGGAGCUAUUGUCAGAACUCAGACGACCCCAAGAAGAUUCGUCUCUCUCCGAUCAAAAGCCGCUGCCGGAUCUAGACAGAAUUCCCGGCUUGAAGAUAUCCGGGCAGGCCAUGGCGGAUCUGUUGCAAGUGUAUGAAUUUCUGCACAAUUUCGGCCAAGCACUUGGGUUUGAAGUGGAAUCGCUCCCGUCACUGAACACGCUCCAGCUGGGCCUCAUACCAAACUGCAACCAGGAGGCGGAAGACGAACUGCUCAGUGUGUUGGCCAGAUUACUUGUCAUUGCUAUUGAGGAGCCGGGCAUUCCGCACCCGGGACGCCACACCACGCUGCUGGGCCACGCGCUGCGCCACGCCGAGCCGGCGCCGGACACUAUCAGCGAGGUGCUGCGCAUAUAUCUGUACGCGAACGCCACCGCUGAGGUCAAAGCUCUCACUGGUCUAACAGUGGAGCGGGAGCGGGACCGGCGCGUGGCCGACCACCACCAGAGCGACGCGGAGAUGCAACUCACGUGCGCCAGUACUAAGAACCAUCUCUACUACGAACAUUUGCAUGCUAACGCUACUUAUAAGCUUUCUGAGAUGCUCCGGGACAAGCCGUUCGUGUCGCUGCCGCCGUGCAGCAAGGCGCGUGUGCUGGCGCGCGUGUGCGACGAGCUGCUGCAGGGCCGCGCCGUGCUGCGCCAGCUCGAUGCCUCGCUCGACCACCUUGCGCAGCUGCGCCGCGACAGAUACCUGCUCGAUGCCAGGAUACGCAAAGUGCGUGCGCUGCAGCAGCGCAAGGCGCGGGCGGAGGCGGCGGAACGCCAGCAGGCGCUCGCGCUGGAGCGCAUGCAGCGCUUGGUCGACGCGCCGCCCUACGACGCGGAUAAUUCAGAAAAAUCAGAAACCCCCAAGAAACAAGACAAAGAAUCGUCCCCAGACAAACCCCAAACUCCGUCUCCAUACAAGGAUGUACCAGAAGAGAGUGACAAGGAGUUAUCGCCGUUGAAAGAUUUAUCUAACGUGAAAAAGGAGAUAUUGAAUAACAACAAAGAUGAAACAAGCGAUGUGAAGAUAGACAAGGAUAGCGUUAUGGGGGAUGACGUCAUGAGCGAUCUAGAGAGUGAAGGCACGCAGCCGGAAGAGGAUGAAGAUAAGAACCUAUCCUCCGAAGAAUUGUCUCGUAAACUGGAAAAACUUAUCCGUCAAUCGGAGCAACAGCUAAUAGCGUUGGCAGCCGGCUCUCACGCGCUAAGAGCCACGUGCUACGGACAGGACAGAUACUGGCGUCGCUACUGGUCUCUGGGUAAAUGUGGGGGCGUGUUCGUAGAAGCGAUGGAGUCUGCGCAACCUGAAAUAUUGGAAUAUCAAGCGAAAUUGGAGGAAGAUGCUUUGGAUCCUACGCCCAAAGUUAAGAAACUUAAAGAAAAAUUCGAGCCAAAACUGGAAGAAGAUGAACCUCAACUGGAGAUAGACGAAGAGGCUGAGGCCUUAGAACUGAAAAGCAUCAAGAGUGAACUGAACUUAAGCGAUAGGACACAGAUAAUUAAAUACGAGCCCAACGUCACACAUGGCGCUUGUAAAGUUGAAGGUUCAAUAAAAAUGGAAGAGAAAUAUAUACAACACAAACAAAACAACGAAGAAGAAGAUAUGUUGGACAUCGAAGACUCUAUACCUACAGCGUUUUUAGUCCAAAAACCAACCCAUAAACCCCUAUUUGCGACACAAGCUGAAGCCAUAGACAGGCCUCAGGAAAUUGUCAAAGUAGAGAACACGGUCAAAGAAGAAGAACCGGAAGAGAACAAAGACAAUUUGGUCAACAAUCUAGAAGAACUACGUAAAAUGGCCGAAGCUGUAUCCUCUCAACUCGAUGCCGCCAAGAAAGCGGAAACUGAAAAGGCUGAAAAGGAAGCGAAAAUUGAGAAGGAAGUUAAAAAAGAAAUUAUGGAACCGGAAGCCGCUCACGCUGUUCUAUAUUCAAAAAUGAUGGAAGGGAAAUGGUUUUCCAUUUUGAGACAUGAAAAUUCUUUUCUAACUAGCAUUAAUGAAGAGAAAACAAAUGAUAUACCCAUGUUUUGUGACAACGAACAUACAUGCAGCGAAGUUAUCAACUGCCAAGGUCAUAAAUGGGACGUUUCUAAUAAUCUACAUCUUUUAAACGAUCCGAGUCUAUUUACGUUGAACUCUAUGGUCACCAGUGUACAAGUGCCAGCAAAUAAUGUUUAUACUGAUUCUAGUUUGACUAUGUCCGGUUUGGAUCAAGGUUUGAUGGACGCAAGUCUAAAUAAAGAUGGCGGUCACGAACCGGAAGUUGAGGAGAGUAAGGAACCGGAGAAUGAUCUAGAAAAAGAGUUACAAGCGGACGCAACGAAAGAGCUAGCAAUCCAAAAGGCAAAAGCCACAGGUCUAUCCAGCCUGGGCGUGUUGAACUUCAACGCGCUCUCUACAUACGUGACAUGCGACAGUCCCCCGCCCAUACACAUGUCGGCGGAUGAGAUGCAACAGCUGGAACUGUGCAAAAUACACGGCUUGCCCAAGAAAGUGGAGGGGAAAUAUGUUCCGCGGGAUUUGAGACACGGCUGGUGGCGUAUAUCCGAGCCGGAGCAGCUGAAGGCGCUGCUGGACGCGCUGCACCCGCGUGGCGUGCGCGAGCGGGAGCUGCACGCCGCCUUCACGCAACACUUGCCCACAUUGAACAACAAGCUUUACAUAGACAAGGGCGAGCCGAGCAGCCAGCUGCCCGCUACGGCCGUGCCCGCGCCCGGAUACUUGCCGCCCGACGAGCCCAACACCUUCUGCGCGGUAACUGCUAGAAGAGUUGAUAUGCAGUUGUUGUCUAUGGUGGAAGCGUUAGAGGAGCGUGUAGCGGCUGCGUCUAUGCAGGUGAAGGGAUGGCGCGCGGCUCGUCUGGCGCUACCGGCUGCAGCCACAGGCGCCGAGAUAGUGGCUCGAGCUCGGCACAAGCUCGCCUCCCUCGAGGCUCACAUUGAACGCCGCUACCUGAAGCCUCCGCUCGUACAGAGCACGACAGAGGCGACGUUGGGAGCGGUGCUGCAGGCGGAGCACGGCAACGCGUCGGUCUCGCCUCAUUCCGAACAAGCUAGUGAGGCUAAGACGGACAACAAGGGCAUAGCGCGCGGGCUGGCGACGUGGCGCGAGGCGGUGGCGCGCUGCAACACGUCCGCGCAGCUCGCCAUGCUGCUGCACGCUCUCGAGGCGGCCGUAGCCUGGGACAAGAGCAUCAUGAAGGCGAACUGCCAAUUCUGUUUGUCCGGUGACAAUGAGGAUCAGCUUCUGUUGUGCGACGGGUGUGACAAGGGCUAUCACACUUACUGCUUCAAGCCUAGGAUGGAGAAGAUACCGGAGGGGGAUUGGUACUGCUGGGAGUGUGUGAACAAGGCGCGUGGCGGUACUCGCGAGCGUGUGUGCAUCGUGUGCGGCGGCGCGGCGCGGGGCCGAGCGCUGCCGUGCGCGCUCUGCGUGCGCGCCUUCCAUCUGGACUGCCACUAUCCGCCCUUGGUCAAGAUGCCUCGUGGCAAAUGGUACUGCUCCCAGUGCAUCUCGCGCGCGCCGCCCAAGAAGCCGCGCAAGACCAAGCGGGACAGCAAACAUAAGGACGCUAGUGCUAACGCGGACCUGGAUUCUAGCAUGAUACCUAGCCCAGCAGCGUCGCACGCAUCAACAUCAACUACAGCAGAAGAAUGCCAAAUCACAGCGCAGACUCCAGAUAAAGAGCCGGAAAAGGAUGAAUCUCUCUCCGACCCCCACUGCAUCACUACUCCCACGCCCAUCCCCAAUUUCCACUCUACUCCCACUCCCAAUAUCCACUCCACUCCCACUACAACAUCUACGCCAGUGUCCAAUGUGCCCGUGACAGGCGGUAUUGGUGAUCCAGAGAACGGAUUGAAUCAUCAUACAGCGGUACCAGAACCCCCAGGGGACGGUCCUUCUCCGGAGAAGAGGCGCGCUCUGCAGUUCGUGGCCGGCAAUGGCGCCUUGCAACACGACGAUGGCGAUGUCGACGGGCACGCUGAAGAACAUGAAUCAGAAAACUUACCAUUGCUGUCUAGAGCCAAAAAAGACAAGAAUUCAGCCAAGAAAUUGCUCAAGGAACUACAGUUUUGCAAAAAUCUACUCUGCGAAAUGGAGUGUCACGAGCACGCGUGGCCGUUCCUAGUGCCCGUCAAUACCAAACAGUUCCCGCAGUAUAGGAAAGUUAUUAAAUGUCCCAUGGAUUUGUCUACGAUUAAGAGGAAACUACACGACUCUAUAUAUAAAUGCAAAGAAGAGUUCGCGUCCGAUGUGCGUUUGAUCUUCAGCAAUUGUGAGGUUUUCAAUGAAGACGACAGUCCCGUGGGGCGCGCGGGACACUGUAUGAGACAGUUCUUUGACCAACGUUGGUCCCUUGCC